GCUUUCGGAGUUGGAGUUCGGUGGAAACUGCAGAGGGUACGCGAAACGAAUUUCUAAUUUUUAGUGACCGACAUUGUAAUCGUGAGUGCUCUCAGUCGGUAUUUUUGAAGUGAAGUUUGCGAUUCGAAGCUUGUUGAGGCUUCGCAGGGCCCCCGGCGACCGUUGAAUCGAUGGGGCGUAUGCUCGCCUUGUGUCAUUAGUGCAUAGAGAAACAUUACCGUCAGUUGAGUGAUUUAAAUAACGCCGGUCUUUAACCACAUUCGAGGAAGCAACGAUAAAAAAUGACCGACAGCAGCGAGGCGGAAUUGCCGCCCCAGACCAACGGUCUUUCCGAUAGCAUGGACGACGAAGAACGCGCUAAAAUUCGUCCUGUGGACAUCGACGCCGACGUGAAGGAGAUGGAGCGUCGCAAACGCGUCGAAAUAAUAAUGAACAGCAAAAUGUUCCGCGAAGAACUCGAACGAAUCAUCGAAACACAACUACGCGAAGGCUCCGGCACCUCCGGCCUCAUGCAACAAAUCUCGGACAUGAUGGGAGUGAACAAACAAGCCGGAAACGUGUUCAAGAAUUCGAACUGUGUGGUUCCGAUCAACGACAUUCGCGGCAUCGAAGCCAUGGGCUACAGCAAAGGCGAGAAGAUCCUACGGUGUAAAUUGGCGGCUGUUUUCCGACUGAUUGACUUGUACGGCUGGACCCAAGGCACCAGCACCUUGGUCACGGCGCGGUUGAACCAGGACGAGGAGCACUUCCUGGUGAACCCUUACGGGAUGAUGUUCCACGAAAUCACCGCUUCCAGUUUGAUUAAAGUGGCGAUGCAGGGCAACGUGAUCGAGCAAGGCACCACAAACUUUUCCGUGAAUAUUUCAGCCUUUUCGCUGCAUGCUGCCGUUCAUGCUGCACGCCCCGACAUCAAAUGCAUCAUCAACGUCCACACGCCGUCAGUGGUGGCGAUUUCCGCCCUCAAACACGGGAUCUUACCGCUGAGUCAAGAAUCGGUGGUUAUUGGCGACGUCAGUACGCACACGUACCUCGGCGGUUUGCUCGAUCCCGAGGAGAAGGAUAAAUUAUCGAGGAAUUUAGGACCGAAUAAUAAGGUUCUUUUGUUGUCGAAUCAAGGGGCACUCUGUUGCGGAGAGACAAUAGAAGAGGCGUUUUUCAAUGCGCGAAAUACCGUCCUAGCGUGCGAGUCCCAGCUCAAGUUGAUUCCAGUCGGACUCGAUAAUUUGGUGCUUUUGAAUGAUGAGAUCAGGAAAAAGAUUUAUGAUGCGGCGCAUAAACCGCCAGAGAGUAGUCCAAGGCCGGAUCAACCCUCCAUCUUAGAAGGGAAAGUUGAGAGAAAGUGGAGGGUUGGUGGGAUUGAGUUUGAGGCCUUGAUGCGAAUGUUGGAUAAUGCGGGAUUCAGGACGGGGUAUAUUUAUAGACAUCCCCUGGUCAAGGGGGAUGUACCGAAACCGAAGAACGACGUUGAAGUACCCCCAGCAGUUUCCUCCCUUGGAUAUUUGCUCGAGGAAGAGGAGCUUUACAGACAAGGACUUUGGAAGAAGUUGGAAGGUGGGAGGAAAGGACACGACCGCAGCCGCUGGUUGAAUUCGCCGAACGUUUAUCAAAAAGUCGAAAUUUUAGAAACCGGCACACCUGAUCCUAAAAAGAUUACAAAGUGGGUUGCGGAAGGAUCACCAACUCAUUCCAGUACACCUGUGAAAAUCGAUUCGGCCUUGCAGUUCGUCCCUAAAGGUACAAACCCGAAAGAAUUCAAAUUGAAGCAACAACAGAUCAAGGAUUACCGAAGAGCCGAUAAAAUAUCAGCCGGUCCCCAGUCACACAUUCUCGAAGGUGUGACAUGGGAGGAAGCUCGCAAAAUGCAAGAUGCUACCGUUACCCAAACGGGAGAUCAAGUCGUCCUAAUGGGGGCUGCUUCCAAAGGGAUUAUUCAACGCGGACACCAACACAACGCAAUGGUGUACAAAUCCCCCUACGCCAAAAACCCAUUCGACUCGGUCACCGACGAGGAGCUUGACGAGUAUAAGAAAGUCGUCGAGAAAAAAGUCAAAGGCGAAUAUGAUACAGAUUUUAGCGAGUCUGAAGGUUUAUCUUCGGCUCAAAUAAACAAAAGAAUGAGUGAUCACUUCAGGUCACCGACUUCCGUUACUAGCGAAACUGAGGAGGAGAGUAGAGAUGAACCACAAGUUCUUCGGAUAGAAACCAAACAAGCCCCAAAACCUAGCCAGCCCGAAGUUGUUUUGAGUGAUGGUGUUAAAAAAGGGAAACGUCUACGUGUUAACCCAAGCUUGCCGUACUAUCGCACCAACAAUUUCGCUGGGUUACCUAAAGGCUCAUAUUCCAUACCUAAUCCUCAACACUUCCAUAUUGUGCGCCAAAAUAACAUACCUAAGCCUUUGCGACCCCUUCUUGUAAGAGUUGCCCCACAAACGCGUGCCACUCAUUACGUUUUCAAUCGGUUUAACAUUAAUUGCGAUCGCAAUAAUCAAACUGUUACGAUUAAUAUUGGCAAUUAUCGGGCAGUCUCCCUCGCCAUGUCUAUGCAAACGGUUGAUGAUUUUAUCAGACCGUUUGCUAACGCUUUGAAUAUUUUAAAUUCGACGAAUUGUACGACCCGAGAAGCCCAAACUUCGUACGUUGUGCAGGACAAUUCAAACGAUUCGAGUUUCGAAAAACAGAUCCUGCAAAACUUGCAGGCGAAUCUCAUCAAUGACCUGACGAAAAGCGAUUCAUACUCGAGUGAAUGUGAAUCACAAUCAUCCGAAAUUGAUAAACACAACUUGCCAAACUCCAAUCUUGAUUUACGUGAAAGUGAAUCCGAAUCACCUGAAAUCGUCGAAUUCACUGAGGAUCAUUCGGUGGUCAUUAAUGAGCAUUUGGCCGAUUUUUCAACCAAUCAAUUUGAUGAUAGUAAACAGAUGCAAAAAUCGAAUCUCAUUAUUGACUUGACGAAAAGCGAUUCGAAUGAUUCGAGUAAAAGUGAAUCAGCGUCACCCGAAGUUAACGAUUUUCCAAACAGUUCUUUCGAUGAGGGCUUGGGUGAUUCGACCAAGUUGUCGCCACCGGCCCAGAAAGCGCCACCUGACGACCGAGUUGUGAAACUUGGCCAAAUGAUUUUCGAGUAUAUGUCCGAGCAAGGGUUUGAGGACUCGGAUCUUGUGAUUUUCCCCGAAUUGAACCAUGAUGUUAAUACAACCAAAUUAAUAUCAAAAUUGGUUGAAACGUACGGAUGGUUGUACGGUGAUGGUUUGACGAGCGAAGAACGCAGCGAUUUGCGAAUUGUGAUUUCUUCGUACGUUUUAAACUUGAUUGAGAAAGACGACCGAAUGGUUUCGUCGACCGAUUCGCUCGAAUUUCCAAUGGUUUCGGACAAGAUUUUCAGCAUUUCUGAAACACUCUCGAGUAUCAUGGACCAGUUUUUCGCCUCAAUUGAUACUCACUUUAACGGUAAUCUGCACCAUUCGACCCCCGAACCAAUCAAAAACCACUACGAAGUAGUUGAAGAAGUGACCGCGUUCAAACAAGACAAGCUGGAUAAGCCCGGGUUUGAAUCUUACUGGUUUUCCAUCGGUUCCCCGAGGGAACAAAAGAUACGCGAGCCAACUCCGAAGAAGAUUAUCAAUCUUGAUGAUAGACCCUUACCCCCACCCCAAAAUUUUGAUUUUAACGGCUCUGAAACCUUGUCACCAAUCCCAGAGAAAGUGAACCGCAGUUUAUUUAAUUCUCCAAGGGAGCAAAAGAUACGCGAGCCAACUCCGAAGAAGAUUAUCAAUCUUGAUGAUAGACCCUUACCCCCACCCCAAAAUUUUGAUUUUAACGGCUCUGAAACCUUGUCACCAAUCCCAGAGAAAGUGAACCGCAGUUUAUUUAAUUCUCCAAGGGAGCAAAAGUUACACGAACCAACUCCCAAGAAAAUUAAUGUUGAUGAUUAUUCCUUACCUCUGGCACAAAAUCUUGAUUUUAACUGCUCUAAAACCUUGUCGCCGAUCCCGGAGGAAGGCAGUCGCAACUUAUUCAAUGAUUUUUUGGACGAAAACGAAAAUAUUGAUAUCUUGGCUGGGGGUGAUUCAUUUUUGUCCGAUUCGUAUGUUGCUUUCGAUCAACCCGAGACUAACAUAGUUGUGUGUUCGAAUGUCUCGUUCCAUCGCACUGUUACAACAGUAAGUUCGGCCUACGUCAAGACGGAGAAUGUUAGUUUUAAGAAAAGUAAUUCCUUCAACGAUGAUAGUUUUUACAGCGUUGAGGACGAGGGGGAUUGGAUGGGUUUUGAAAAGGCCAAGUUUUAAUAUUUUUUGCUUUUUUUAUGUGUUUUGUAUGCAAAUAAAUGUUUCAUUGCAUGUUUGGUUUAAUAAACAAUAAAACAAAAACAGCACGCUUAACCUCACUAAUCACCUUACGUAACAAGAAAUAACGACACACUAAUUGGGUGGAAGUUGAGUUCUCAAGGUGAGAACACGGUGAACGGAGACCAAUCAGAUGCUCAUAUUAGUACCUUGUCCCAGAGUAGCAAAGAGGACCGCUCUAUUUCUGAAGGGUCUCCCAAGAAGGACAAGAAGAAGAAGAAGGGCUUGCGGACGCCUUCCUUCCUCAAAAAGAA